AUGAAGGAGUGGGGAGAGGGAGUGAUCUCCGCGUCUGAAUUCCCCAAAAUCCUGCAGUUUGGCUUUGGUGAAAGCCGCAAACGCAGCUAUGAAGCGGACUCGCCAGUCGAUCAAGUGGACGUCACAGAUGGUCAUAAGAAAGAUAUUAUCACAAAGCUUGACAAGGCAAUCGAUGUGAUUCUGAUGGGUCGUUCGCCAUACGAUCUUCCCGGCUCUUUGUCUUUGCUUCAGUCGAUCUGCAUGUUUGUCUACAUGGACAAAUCUUGGGUCUCUAGCAUAUAUGAUCGCAUCACCAACGUUUUUGACACACACAUGCUACCCCUGAUUGAAAAAGCCAUAGGGUCUGACCAUCCUCUUGCAGGCUGUUGCAGCAUGUACACAAUGUGGCGACAACGUCUUCGAGAACUUCACAUGCUUUUGAUUAUGCCAGAUGAGUCUACAACGUUACGGCUGCCAAGCGGAAAAAAGAUCAAGUUCAUACCGUUUGGACUUGAUCUCUUUGCGUCUAGAGUGCUAAACUCCAACAAGCCCAAGGACUACAUGGUGAGAUUAGCGGAUCCAUCUGAAAACAGGCUGCGAUCGAUAGUGCUUCUUGCUAUUAAAGACAUGAUGUACAGCCUUGUGAGUCCGACGCCUGAGUCCGAGCAAUUGAAGGAGAUGGUGGCCGAGAUCCACAAUAUCCAGCUCGAGCUUCAUGGCGAAAGCAAACUCCAUCUUUUCGAGGUGAUGAAACAAGCCACGCAUCAGAAUUUCGCCAGCAUUAGGGAUCAGCUUCUACUGACCCCAGAGUCGUAUCUUCCCAAAGCAAUUGAGUACCAGAAUAUCAUCCCCUUAUAUGUGGAUAUAUUCAAGCCGUUCUUGCCUCCUGACUUCGUCUCCAACGACCUGCUUGAAACAUUGCUAGGAACUUCUGUGCUUGCAGCCAAUCCGCAAGCAGUACAUGCCUGUUUUGGGUUUGACUGGAAUAUCCAAGUUUCAGCCAUGUUGAUUCAGCUCUACGCUGACGAGGAAAAAUCCUGGCUUCUUUCUGCCAUCGAGGAAUACAACAUCAAACUAUAUCGCAGUUACAUAAGUCAGCACUUGAAGGAUAAAGGUCUUAUAGCGGAUAUAUUUCGCUUGUAUCAGAGGCUUUCUUCCAAUGCAAUACAGACCUUUGGCAGAGAGAAUUCCAUUCCAAAGAAUAUUUUCGUGAAUGCCAUCCAGCAAAUCCCAAAUGGGCCCGUGCACGUUUGCGACCAUCUCUUGAAAUAUAUCGAAACAAUAUUGGGAAAGCCCUCGUUGCAGGAUCUGGACAAUAAAUCUCGGUCUGGUCGACGACUCUCCGACUUGGAUCCACAGGACUCCAUCACGACAAUUCUGAUAUUGAUUCCAUCAAGCAGACGAUACUUCUUUGACAAAUAUCAAAUUCAAGUCUCUCGGAGAUUGCUGAGAGGCCAGUCCUUUUUCAUCAAUAGAGAGCUUAAAUUGGAGUGGCUAGAGCUCGAAAGAGAGCUUUUGAAGAAGCUCAAAGAUAUGUGUGGCCGCGAGUACACCGAUCAGUUGGAUUCCAUGGUGGAAUCCGUUGGGCUUUCGGAGCUGGAUAUACCUGACUUUCUUGAUGUGCACAAACACUCUACACUUGGCUCUGUUGAUAUGGAUAUCUGCUGUGUCGAUGCUCAUUGCUGGCCUCGUGUUCCUGAGAAUCAACCUCUGAUAAUUCCCUCUCAAUUGCAACCAUUGUUGCAUGAAUACGAGACAUUUUACCGUUCGCAGCACAAAUCGCGAAAACUCCAAUGGAAAUAUCACUUCCAUAGAGUCACUCUAGAUGUACAGUUUGACGAAACAAAACCUAGAAAACAAACCAUUGAGUGUUCUCUAUACCAGGCUGCAAUUAUUCUAGCUUUUGAAGACCAUUCUUCCCUGUCGUUUGAUCAGAUCAAGUCCAAGACGGGAAUGAGUAACAAGUUCAUGACACAAAAUUUGAACAUAAUGUCAAGCUCCAAAUUCCCUAUACUAGUGCAAAAUACCGACUAUCGAAUAAACGAGAGCUUUAAAUGUUCUAGGAAAACUCUCAGGCUACCGAUCCAGUUAGUUGAAAGCACAACUACUAUCGAGCCGCGGUCGUCUGACGAGCCAUCAAGAGGCUGGAUCUCUUCAAAGAUAGAAGCCUUUGUUGUGCGCACUUUAAAGGCGGAGCAAACGAUAGCCCAUGACAGACUGCUGCUGCAAGUGCUGGACCACAUGAAACAGCAGCAACUAUACGAAAGAGACGUUGUUGCUCUUGUAAAAAGUGUUAUCGAGAAGCUUAUCAAUGAAGACUAUGUUGCAAGGGAGGCAGACGAUUAUGUGUAUGUUCCAUAA